GUUCAGGGCUCAGACCAGCAGACCGUAGUCAUGAAGACUUUAAUCUGUGUUUUUCCGCUCCUCUCUCUCCUCUCGGGGGUCUCGGCAGCUGCGGGAUGUGGACCAUGUGAUCCGGAUCAGUGCGCUCCUCUCCCGGCGGACGGCUGCCCCGCAGGCACUCUGAUGGAUUCCUGCGGCUGCUGCUCCGUCUGCGCAGCCGCCGAGGGGGAGCUGUGCGGGGGGCGACGCACUGCAGCUCGCCGCUGUGGACCCGGCCUGGAGUGUUUGAAAAGCAACGAGGACAAAAAGAACAAACUGGGAGUCUGCACCUGUAAGAGCAACUACGAAGUGUGCGGCUCCGACGGGGUGACAUACAAGACCGGCUGCGCACUGAAGAGCGCCAGCCUGACAGCCGGGACCGAGGGGAAUCCACCAAUCACUGUGCAGAACAAAGGACGCUGCGCUGCAGCUCCGGUCAUCGUCACUCCUCCAGGUGAGGUCUACAACGUGAGCGGCUCUCAGGUGUACCUGAGCUGCGAGGCGGUGGGCGUUCCCACACCUGUGCUAACCUGGAAGAAGGUCAUCAAUGGGAGGAAGAGGAUGGAGCUUCUUCCUGGAGACAGAGACAACCUGGCGAUUCAGACGAGAGGUGGACCUGAAAAACAUGAAGUGACCGGCUGGGUUCUGAUUUCUCCUCUGACCAAAGAAGAAGAGGGUUCAUAUGAAUGUCACGCCACCAACACUAAAGGAGAAGCUUCAGCUAUCGGAACCAUCCACCUGGUCGAGUCCCUCGAUGACAUCACUGUCAAGAAAGUGAUGAAGGAGGACGAGCUGUGAACAGCUGAUCACAGAUCCAAGGAGACGAUCAGCUGAUCAGAGCAGAUGGUUUUCAACAGCUGAAGAGUUUUUUUAUUUGUUGUUCUGAAUAAAAAUAAGUUUCAAUUUAAGUCUUUUAAUGGUUAAUUUUCAUUCACAAAAUAUUUGUUUAGUUUUCUUCAUAAUUAAACCACUAAUUCUAAGUUUUUUCAUUUAUUUUGGUAGCUCUAGCACCCCUCCCCCACCCAUCUAUCCCCUGUCCUGAAAGCACCAUGUUGCAUUGAUAUAAACAGAGACGCCUGAACACAGCACUUAAAUGUUUGAUGUUUGCAUCGAGGACUUCAGGGGGCUACACCUUUGUCUUACGACGGCCCCCCUCUGUGUUUUUAUCUGUAAUCAUUUUUCUUUAAUCUUGUUGAAAAUAAAUGCUUGUAAUUAAAAACCCCUCGGGGGUUCUCCAUCACAUUGUUUGUUAAACUGAAGAAUAAUCAAUAUUUGUGAUUUCUGCAGAAUAAAGUGAUGAGUUGAAA